CCAUAGACUAGAAUUAAACAACAACAAACAAAUGUGAUCACCCGCGAAUAGUAAAUAAUUCUAAAUUAAAUUUUGUAAAACAAUGUUUGUCCUAGCUGAAAUGAAAGAUGUUAUACGUAUAGAACCUGAAUAUUUUCAUCAAAGUCUAACAGAGUCUAUAACCACUUUGUUAAAUAGAAAACUUGCAAAUAAGGUAGUUCUGAAUGUUGGAUUAUGUAUAGCUUUAUUUGAUAUAACGCAUAUAGGAGACUCGCACAUAUUCCCUGGAGAUGGGUCGUCACACACAGAGGUUAAAUUUAGGUAUAUUGUAUUUAGGCCGUUUGUAGAAGAAAUACUUAUAGGAAAAAUAAGAAGCUGUAGUAGAGAAGGUGUACAUGUCACCCUUGGAUUCUUUGACGACAUACUAAUACCAGUGAAUGCUUUACAACAUCCGUCACGCUUUGAUGAGACAGACCAGGCAUGGGUUUGGGAAUAUCCAAAAGAAGACGGGGAGACACAUGACUUAUUUAUGGACUCAGGUGAAUCAAUACGAUUUCGCGUCACUAGUGAAGCUUUCGAAGAAUGCCUUCCCAGUGGUCCACCGGGCUCGGAGUGUGCUGUACAAAGUGUAGCACCAUACAAACUUAUUGGAGGAAUCAACGAGCCUGGGCUCGGCCUGCUGCCGUGGUGGGAGACCCCAGAACAAGAUGAUGAGGAGGAACCUUCUAACGACGAACAAGAAAACACUGAAUAAAUAUUCAUCAACAACA